AUGGCAAAUUCAAGCUCUUUAUGGACAUGGGAACAAGACAAGGCAUUUGAGACAGCUUUGGCAAUGCAUUUUGAGGAUAAUUCUGAAGCUAAGUGGGCGAAAAUUGCAUCACGAAUCCCAGGAAACAAAACCAUUGAAGAUGUCAAGCAACACUAUCAAAUGUUAUUUGAAGAUAUCAUGGCAAUCGAAUCAGGCAUGGUCCCUUUACCAUCAUACACCCCUAAUGGCAGAGGUAAUAUUUUCGACGUCCCUGUGACUGAAGAGGAAUACGUGUGGGAGUCGCGUAAAGGGCAGCCGUGGUCAGAGGCUGAGCACCGGCAAUUCCUGUUAGGAUUGGACAGGUUUGGCAAGGGAGAUUGGAAAAGCAUAUCUAAGGAGUUUGUUAAGACAAGGUCAGCUACUCAAGUUGCAAGUCAUGCACAAAAGUACUUUAAGAGGCAGGCUAAUAAACUGAAGAAAGACACCAAAAGAUGGAGUAUAUUCGACAUUACUGUUCCUACUAAGGCUCAACCAGGCAUACAAAAUCACGGUAGCAGUAGCAGUGGCAGUAGCAAUUAUGAAUAUGCUCCUAAGGGAAAUGAAAUGAACUCUGCCAUCAAUGAGGCAAUGAUUCAGCAGGGUUUCGUUGAGGUGCAACCCAUGCAUCAACAAGUUCCGGUGGCUGUACCACAGGAAUAUAUGUCACCCCCUGAAAGCUGGUGUCUCGAGGAUGAUAUGGUUGCAGAUUAUAAUGUAGAUGAGUGUUUGUCGCAACUUCCACCCCUGUGA